UACAAGACAGUAUGAGCCUAUGUAGCACCCCCUGCUUGUUUAACGGAGUUUUCUCAACUCAUAAUAUUUUACCUGUCCAUAUAUUUAAACUGAUAACGUUUACUAAAAUCGCUAAGCACACUUUCAGUAUUUGUUUUGUAGUCGCUGCUUUUGCGUUUCGUUUCGGUGGCAAAUAAAACACAUGUUGCAAAUCAACAUUGCAGUAGCGUAUCACGUGCGUGUGCUCUGUAAACUCGGGAUUCACUGUGAUCGAUAAGACUUCUGCGUUUUGAUUUUAGUGAAACACUGUGGAGACACGCUGGGCAGGUUCGAGCUACGUGUGGGACGGCCUGGAAUGUCACUACGCCUUUAAGGGUGGCGUUCACGCCGGGGAGAGGAGGAGUGUAGAUUGCAUUGCAGAGCGCCGGGGAUACCGAGAAUAAACAAUUCCGUCAGACCCCGACUGCAGGGCGCGGAGCUCAACUGGCUCGGCGACAGCUUAGGGACGUUUCAACUGCGAUGACAGUUUAGCCGGAAAAAAAAACAGUGGAAAAAAAAACAAGGCGACUGCGUUAAAAGCGUGAGCGGCCGCCGAGCCGGCUUGCUUCGUUGAGCGGCGCGAGAAGUGCAGCGCGUGCCGGAGGAUUUCGCACGUUCUGCCGAAGAUGCGGCGCGUCUCUUCCCGGCCGGAUCCCCACAUCUAAACAGUGUCUCCGGUGAUGUGCAGUGACUGUGAGACGCUGUCCGGUGAUGUGCAGUGACUGUGAGACGCUGUCCUCGUAAGACACUCACUGUAGCAGGUUCGCUGAGCCCAAGGUCAGGAGAACAAACAGGCAACAGUCUACUUGCGGCACCCACGUUUACUUCUCCCACCCCCAGCCCCACGCUCCUCCCUCCUCCACCCAGAAGUCACCAGAAGCGGAAUGAACACCUGGAGCUGUGGAACGCAGAGCUGCAGGAAUUACGUGCGUGUUAAACAGCGUCAAGCCUGAAGGUGUGCUGAAGUUUCUUAGUUGUGGAGGAGUUUCUCGAGGAAAUGCUCUGACACCCCCCCCCCCCGGACCCCCCAACAAAAUCACCUGCUUUGACCUACCCAUCUAACACUGGAGGCACCAGAAACAAUCCCUUCUAGUGUUUGGGAGUUGAUUACAUUUGGAAGUAGACUGUGUUUUUUUUUUAAAUAGUGGUGGUAAACCAAACAAGGGACCCUGGUAUUGAACAUGACUCAUGGGGAAGAGCUUGGCUCUGAGAUGCACCAGGAUUCAGCUGUACUAACUUAUCUGGAAGGUUUACUAAUGCAUCAGGUUGCCGGUGGUGCCACAGCUACAGGAAGGUUGGAAGCUGGGCACAGCAACCAACAGCAGGGCAACAAGGCAGCCGGAAGCUACCGGCUCCCAAGCCAUGACUCCAGCGAAGAGCAGGAAAGAACAGUGCCUCUCGGAGGACCCACGCAUCUCAAGAAGGCGAGGCUGCUUUGCUCGGAGCCCCGGAGUGAACCCAGAGGCCAUAGGCCGACUGCUCCUGUGCUGGAUUUGAACGGACAAGGCAGCAACACCCGAGCCGACGCUCUGGACGGUUCCCCAAAGUGCAAGGGGGAGAGCACCUUGCUGGCGUCGCUGCUCCAGUCUUUCAGCAACCGGCUUCAGAACGUUGUGCUGUCGCAGCAGAUCGUGCAGAGCCUAAAGCAUCAGGAGUGCGAGCGGGUCAACAGGAACACCCAGGAGCAGCGCACGGAGGAGGAAGAGGCGGUGCCAGCAUCCCCACAGUGUUACGGGGUGGCCUCUAGCCGUCUCAAGGGCUUGAUGAAGAAGAACAAGAUGCAGAACCACAACAGUGUGCCUUAUCGCCGUCGCACAAGUCAGGAGAGGCUCUCAGAGUCACCCCAGGUACCACAAGGCGGCACCCAGCCGGCCAGCUCUGAUCCCAUCUCCUGCGCAGCGCGCCUCAAGGCAGUGGCAAACCUGGUGAACAUCAGGUCCAGUCCCGCCACCUCCCCUAAGCCCAACAUGGCCUGCAGUCAGCUGGCCUUGCUGCUCUCCAGCGAGGCUCAUCUGCAGCAGUACUCUCGAGACCAUGCCUUAAAAGCACAAUUAUCUGGGAGGUCAGCCAGCCAGAGGCUUGCCGCCAUGGCAACGCAGCAGACGCAGGAUAAGAAGCAAGCUGAUGCGGGGCAGGCUCAGAUGGGCCCAGACAUGGUAAGCUCCUUACGGGCCAAAAAUGGAGCGCAACCCCAACCCACGAUAGGCCCAGGUAAACGGAGUCCCACCCUCACUCCGGGACGGAGCAAAGUGACCACUUCCCCCAUGCAUCCUUUCAAGGAUAGACGUCCCUUCGACAGGCACGUCCACAGGCCUGCGCAGAACUGUAGCAGCUUGCUCCUGCAACUCCUGAACAACCACAACACGCAGAGCCAGGUCAACGGACAGGGUCACCUGCGGGAAGACUACAGCAUGUUCCCUGGUCAUUGCUCCCCGCUGUUGUCGGAUAGCGAGUACUCCAACGCGGAGAACAGCCUGCCAAAAGACAGCAGCGACGCAGAAAGUUCCAGCUCCAGCUGCUCUCCUAUUGACCUCUCCGUGAGGAGCAAGGACACUGGGCCGGCUCUAGGCCCAUCUUCGUCCUCUUUGGACAAGCUCACCGAAUCGCUGAUAAACACGUGGAAGCCCGAGCCCCCCCGGCCUAAGUUGGCUGAACCUCGUGAACUUGAGUCUAAUGUAGCUGUAAAACCCCAUCACAAGGUUACCUUAUUGCAGUUACUUCUGGACCACAAAAAGAAUGACAAAAGUCCUCUUAAUUCAGAUAUGCGGAGUGUAAGCCCCAAGACUAGCAAUUCGGCUGCAAGCAAACUGACACCUAUAGCUAGGUGUGAGGAAACCAGGACACAGAGUCCCCAGGGUGGAUUGACAGGUAGAAACUUUCAAGAUGUGCCCACAUUCUGUCAUGGUAGAGACUCCAGUGGUAGUGUGUCUCCAUACAAUCUGUACACAUCCCCUCAUGCCCAGUCCAUCCCAUUAGAUCUUUGCAAAUCAAAAUCCUUCACAAGAGAAGGCGGUUCCCAUGAACCUGCUUUCAGUGCCAGCAAACUACUACAAAAUUUGGCCCAGUGUGGAUUACAAAAGUCAGUCUCUUCUCCCCCGUUGAGGGCUCCCGUGCCCCCAAGCAAAAUGCAGGCUCACGAACUGAAUCUCGACAAGCCCGUAACAUUGCUGGAAAGGCUCAACAGCCCGGUGCUGCGGAACAAGACGCCAGUUUCCGAGGCACCCCUCGCGGACUAUGCGAAGGCCCCACUCAUUUGCAAGCCAUCUCCACCCGUGUCCGAGGUCGAGAACCUCCUUGAGAGGAGGACGGUUUUGCAGCUGCUUCUGGGAACAGCCUCCAGCAAAGAGAGACAGACCGGCCACAGGGAUAGGCCGGUGGUAAGGACUGACCAUGUAGAAAAGCAGGCCAACAAGUCAGAGAGUUGCUGUAGCUCAAAUGGGCUUCUGUUGGAUUUCAAGAUUAAGAGUGAGCUGGGAGAGGAGGGUGGCCGGUCUGACAGUGAUGAAGCAGCAGAGCGCUGCAAUAACAAGGAGAGGGAGCGUGAUGGCUGCAGCCCUCCUUCAAUCCUCAACCUGGACGUGAAGCCAGAGCCAUUCUCCCCAGAUGUUGCCCACAGGGACGGCCUUCUUAGCCAGCUUUUAAAGCAGCACACGAGAGCCUAUCAGGCUACUGUACCCACAGACUUGCACGUGAUUGGCAUGAAGGAAGAGCAGCAGGAGCACCGGGGACCGGCCGUCCCGAAGAAGCGAAAGUUCUUCCUGGAAGUUCAUGACCGCCUCAACGGCGUGCCAUGCACAGACCUCAGCAGGGGCGAGACCCCAAAGGAAAGCACAGAUCAGCACCCUGGGGUACCCAGGGGUCGCAAGGUCAGGAAGAUUGUGAGCCUGUCACAGCCAGACACUCCAGUCAGACGUCCCAUCAGCGAGUCUCCACCAAGGGACUCUGGGGGCUUCAACGUGCUGAAGCAGCUACUUUUGUCUGAUAACUGUUUGAAGGAUCUCUCUCAGUCCCGGAGUACCACCAGCCCUCUUCAGGCCAACUGCAAAGCCAACGGAAGCACCCCCAGUGAGUGUGGACCUAACCGCGAGCUUGCUGGCUCACGGGUGAAUGCUAGCCCACUGGGUUUGGGAGCUGUCGAGUUCAGCUCCACAGCCACACUCGCAGCAAGUGACAGGUCCUCAGGCUCCCCUUGGGGAAAUCAUACCAUCAGGCAGGACUCCCUCAGAUCGAACCUUCUCCCUCUCAGACGGGACUCUGAGGGCCCCAUCCAGUGGGCCGGCGGCGGGGAUGAGAAGCGGGACUCCCGGCCCGACUCCCCGCGGCUGACUAAAACCAACCCCAUCUUGUAUUAUAUGCUCCAGAAAGGAAACACCCAACUUGGCCAAGGAAGGAAGGAGCUGUGCACUGAACCGACACCAUGCAGGAUGCAGGUGAAAGUCAAGGAGGAGCCCCUGGCUGACAUUGAGGUCGAUGACCAUGGCAUGUCCUUGAAACGCCUCUCGCAGCUGCGCAAUGAGAGCCAGGACAGUAACCCUGAAUGCUUCAACGGGUCCCCCAAGAAGGUCUAGUCUACCACAAGAUUAAAAAGACUAAAAAGCUCAUACCAGAAUUGAAAAGUUCCCUUUUUGGUCUGUUUUGCUUACUUUACUACUUUGUGUUGUUUAUUUAAAGUUUGUGAGAAAGAAACAAAGGAAGAAAAAAACAUACAAGGAUAAUACAUUCAAUACUAAUAGGUAACAUAAUGACAAAAUGGUAAUAAUCCAAAGCAUCCUUUUUUAAUGAUAUUCUGAAUCUAAAUAAUUUAUCUUUGAAGUCAUUUAUGAAUAUUUUCACUAUGCAUAAUUUUAAACAUAGGUUUUAUUGGAACAUAGACUAUUAAAGUAAGCGAUUAAGACAAGCGCUUAACUCACGGGUACCCAAUUUGUCGAGCUUAAUGCAAAUGCGCUGCGCAGAGGUGAGGAUUGUCCUGGUUCCUCAACGUGCAGCAGGGAAGGUCAUUGAAACAGUCUCAUUUAAGUAUUGCAGUUAUUUAAGAAAAAAUAGCUAGGGCCAUAGUAAUAUUCAAGUUCUCAGUCCGACAUUUUAAUUUGCUUUCCUUCGGUGUCGUAUGACUUUAUUUUCAUCCUUCUCCAGCCCCUUGCUGCAGACAUCUUCGCAAGUCCUGCCCCCCCCCCCCCCCCCCCCCCCCCCCCCCCCCCAGGCCUCUAUAGUCACAUGUGCGCCUGACCAGUUUCAGGAUGACAGGGUGUUUCUGUGGCAUUUUUGGUGAAUUGGGUUGCUGAUAUUCGGUGUUGGUGUUUUUAUGUGCGGUUCAGCUUGAGUUUUGAAUCUCUCCACGGUCGUUUUACCCAAAACUAGGACAGGUAUGUUGCCACAAAUUGCCCCCCUCCCCCCCCCCAUGCAAAAUGGCACUAUCUAGAGCCGUCGGGGAGGGGGGCAAAUUGAAAUCCAGACCAGCCUCCUGAGUCAGGGAAUCAAUUUUGUGUUACAUUUCGCGGCAGUUUCUUUAUUGGUGAUGAAACUGUCUGUAUGCUUUGAGAUAUGUCCUAGAGUCAGGGUAUGUUAUGAGACAGUCAUGUAUUAGUGUUAUGAUCUUUUGCAUUUUUAUUUAUUUUUUCUUCAUUGUAAAUCUUGUGGUCCAUCUGCACACCUUAUGGCAUGUAAGAGUGCCCAGUCUAAUACAAUUUGAGAAGUACAGAUUCGAUAUGCGCUUGGUCAUAUUUGAAUUCAUUUUGACUAUUGGUUGUCUGACGAAAAAGUACAGAAAUGCUGCGUGAUUUUUCAUCAGUGAAAAAUGGGAAAUUGACCCAUGAGUCAGUAACUCUCCCGAGUUUAAAUUUCACCCCCUGAUUCAUCUGCAUUCACAUAAAGUUACUCCAAUGCUGUCCUCCUUGCGUGACAUCCCAUCUAUAUAAAACCUGCAAACUGCACCAUGAGUUCAGGUGCGCUGACGUGUCAGCUGCCAAAAGCCGCAUGAAAGCCGGGAACUUCUUGAGCAGUUGAACUUGGGAAUCUAGUAAAGGGUUUUCAGUGUCUUUUUAUCCUUUGCAGUUCUGCCGACUGGGUGGAAACAAAUUUUAGGACAUUUACAAUUUCUUUGGACGUCUGUGUGCUACUCAUUCUCAUUGCAGGUCAUCACUCUUGUAGCAGUUUUUUUCAAGUCUUAAAUGUGAUGUGUAAAUAUAUAUAUAUAUUUUCCUCUCAAUAUCACUUACAUUGGGUUAGGAAUGAAGAGUGGAUUAAAAUGUACUCGUGUAAAUAGUACUUUCACUAUGAAAGAUAGCUAUUUUGUAUGGUUCAAGAGAGAGACAAUGUAAUAGUUUUCAAUUCCCUGAAGCUGAUGUAAAUUGUGUAAUAAUGUACAUAACCUGAGAGAAGAUGAGUUGUUUUUUUGUUCCUUUUACUCUUUUGCAUGUCUCUCUGUUGUAAGCUUAUGAUAAUCUUUGUUCUGCAAAUCGUUGUGUUAUGUCUGCUCUACACUGCUGCCUGUUGCAUGCAGAGGCAUGGGAAGUACCUAUGUAUUAAUACUGGAUGUGGAGAAAUAUAAAGUCUUAAAAUAGGUCUUUUAAUGUUGAGCACUCGUCACAUAAAAUGUGAACAGUCAGUCGACAAAAUUAUAAACUGAGAAGCAACUAAACAUUUACUAAUGUGCAUUAUGUAUCUUGUUUUUCCAUUGUUUUUGAACUGGUGUAAAACCAGACCAGUUUACACAGUACUUGCAGUGCAGUGCUGACAGUGUCACGGACAGCAUGUCCGACUGUACUGUUGUUUCCUAUUAGGCUUUAAAGACAUUUUGUCCACGCUGCCCAUCUUCUCUCCAUGUGAAGAGCUGAAGCCUAUUUUUUUUUUUUAUUCUCAUUUUCAGUGUUUACUUGCACAGAUUUUAAAUAAAGUACUAAAAUGCACAAUUUGAAUAAAUAA